AUGGAGAAGGUGAUCAUGCCGUCGGUGACGCUCAUCGUGGGCUGUGGCGUGUCGUCCCUCACCCUGCUCAUGCUGAUCAUCAUCUACGUCUCCGUGUGGAGGUACAUCCGCUCAGAGCGGUCUGUCAUCCUCAUCAACUUUUGCUUGUCCAUCAUCUCCUCCAACGCCCUCAUCCUCAUCGGGCAGACCCAGACUCGCAAUAAGGUGGUGUGCACGCUCGUGGCUGCCUUCCUGCACUUCUCCUUCCUGUCGUCCUUCUGCUGGGUGCUCACCGAGGCCUGGCAGUCCUACAUGGCCGUGACAGGCCGCCUCAGGAGCCGCCUCAUCCGCAAACGCUUCCUCUGCCUGGGCUGGGGGCUUCCUGCGCUGGUCGUGGCCAUUUCUGUGGGAUUCACCAAGGCCAAAGGGUACAGCACCAUGAACUACUGCUGGCUCUCCCUGGAGGGGGGACUGUUGUACGCCUUCGUGGGACCGGCCGCCGCUGUCGUGCUGGUGAACAUGGUCAUCGGGAUCCUGGUGUUCAACAAGCUUGUGUCCAAGGAUGGCAUCACGGACAAGAAGCUGAAGGAGCGGGCAGGGGCCUCGCUCUGGAGCUCCUGUGUGGUGCUGCCCCUGCUGGCCCUGACCUGGAUGUCGGCUGUGCUCGCCGUCACCGACCGCCGCUCAGCCCUCUUCCAGAUCCUGUUCGCCGUCUUUGACUCGCUGGAGGGCUUCGUCAUAGUGAUGGUGCACUGCAUCCUGCGCAGAGAGGUCCAGGAUGCCGUGAAGUGCCGCGUGGUGGACCGCCAGGAGGAGGGCAACGGGGACUCGGGGGGCUCCUUCCAGAACGGCCAUGCCCAGCUCAUGACUGACUUCGAGAAGGACGUGGAUCUGGCCUGUAGAUCAGUGCUGAACAAGGACAUUGCAGCCUGCCGCACGGCCACGAUCACGGGCACACUCAAGCGGCCGUCGCUGCCCGAGGAGGAGAAGCUAAAGCUAGCCCACGCCAAGGCGCCCCCCGCCAACUUCAACAGCCUGCCAGCCAACGUGUCCAAGCUGCACCUGCACGGCUCGCCCCGCUGCCCGGGCGGCCCCCUGCCCGACUUCCCCAACCACUCACUGACCCUCAAGAAGGACAGGGCACCCAAGUCCUCCUUUGCCGGUGAUGGGGACAUCUUCAAGAAGCUGGACUCGGAGCUGAGCCGGGCCCAGGAGAAGGCCCUGGACACCAGCUACGUAAUCCUGCCCACGGCCACAGCCACGCUGCGGCCCAAGCCCCAGGAGGAGCCCAAGCACAGCAUCCACAUCGAUCAGAUGCCCCAGACCCGCCUCAUCCACCUCAACAUGGCACCUGAUGCCGGCCUCCCUGCCCGCAGCCCACCCACCCGCCAGCCCCCAGGCGGUGGGCCCCCGGAGGCCCCCCCUGCCCAGCCCCCNNACCCCCCGCCCCCCCCCCACCCUCCCCAUGGGGCCAUGCUCCCACCUCCUGGCUCACUGGAUCCCUGGUCUCCCCCAUCCUCAGGCAAGGAGGGGCCGGGACCUGCGGCCCAGGAGGUUUUAGGGAAUGGCUUGCAAAUGGGCACAAACCUCUUCUCCCCACAGCGGCGGAAAUCGCGGUAUGCAGAACUGGACUUCGAGAAAAUCAUGCACACGCGGAAGCGGCACCAGGACAUGUUUCAGGACCUGAACCGGAAGCUGCAGCACGCGGAGAAGGACAAGGAGGUGCUGGGCCCAGACAGCAAGCCAGAAAAGCAGCAGACACCCAACAAGCGGCCCUGGGAGAGCCUUCGGAAAGCCCACGGGACGCCUGCGUGGGUGAAGAAGGAACUGGAGCCGCUGCCGCCAUCCCCACUGGAGCUGCGGAGCGUGGAGUGGGAGAAGUCGGGCGCCACGAUCCCGCUGGUGGGCCAGGACAUCAUCGACCUCCAGACUGAGGUCUGA